CAUUCAGCCUUCUGCAUUUCCCCGGUCAACAGUUUUGAACUGUGCUCAGAUUAGAACAUCAAUAUGGCAUUCAAGAUCUUCGGAUUGCUAGCAUUUGCGGCGGUGGCCGGUGCCCAGAGUGGUAUCGGUUAUUACGGUCAACACCUUCAAAAGCAGGUCGAAGUGCAACCAGAAUAUAGCUACCAGCAACAACCUCAAGUGCAAGAGCAAGAAGAACUCCAAUACCAGCCGCAAACCCAAGUCUACCAGGAGCAAACCCAGCAGGUUCAAAUCCAGCAGCAGCAGAUCCAAAUCCAACAAGUUCAACCUCAGCAGGUGCACUAUCAACCUCAACAACAACAAAAACAUUACCAUCACCACGAAGAAGAACACCAUGCACCCGCUCACUACCAGUUCACGUACGGAGUCCACGAUGACCACACCGGGGAUGUCCACGGGCAGCAGGAGUCCCGGUCGGGAGAUAAAACCGAGGGUCAGUACUAUCUGAUCGAUGCCGACGGUCACAAGCGGAUCGUAACGUACCAGGUGCACGGAAAGAGUGGAUUCGUGGCUCAGGUUCAGCGGGAACCGAUCAAGGGAUACCAGGCCCCGCAGCAACAUCAGCAGCACUACCAACAACAGCAUCAUCAUCAUCAGGAGCAGCAGCAACAGCAGCAGGAAUAUUACUAAGUUUAAAUUAAGGUUAAGAUUUUCAGUAGAAUAACAAAUUUCUUAAAGAUUGUUCUUUUUCCAUCUUUUGUUAUGGAAUUGUAUGUGAAUAAAACACUUUAAGUGCGCAAAGUCAAACUAGUUGUCAAUAAUU